GCUGUAUAUGGUAACUGACAGCUUCUGACCAUCUUAAUGAUGAAAACAGAAGCUAAAGACGGAGAGGAGGAAAGCCUGCAGACAGCAUUCAAAAAGCUGAGAGUUGAUGCAGCUGGCUCUACUGCUUCUCUUUCUAUUGGUGAAGGGACGAGUCCAAGAGCAGCGCUAGUUAGAACAGCAGCAGAUGAAACCAAACCUAAGAAUGCUUGUACUUCUAAGGAAACCUGGCAUGGAUCUGUGAAGAAACCUUCAAGAGGAGCUGUGAGAACUCAGCGUCGCAGGCGUUCCAAGUCUCCAAUUCUUCAUCCUCCAAAAUUUAUCCACUGCAGCACGAAAUCACAACCCACAUGCAACCAACUGGUGCACAAGGGCCAGAUCGAUGCUCCAGCUGAAGGCAGUGCGUUUGGAAUAUUAGUCCCAAAGGAAGCUCGUGCACAUGAACGAUGCAGUAUUGCCUCAGAUGUUGGCCAGAAAAGAGAUGGCGUUGGUUCUUCUGGAGCCUCUGUUGCACAGUCCACAUCAGUGAACACACAAGAAAAUGCUCCCACUGCCAUUUCUUUAGUAUCCGAAGCAAGCCUAAAGACUGCAGAGCUCUCUGACUUCCGAUCUGUGUCCAAGCUGAACAAGAAUAAGCCAUGUGCCUGCAUAGAUAAAGCCUGUCAGUGUAAACGAUGGCAAGAUAUGGAGGUGUAUAAAUUCUCUGGCUUGCAGAACACUUUCACGUUGGCUUCUGAUAGAAGAACAGUUGCUGAGGAUCACUCCCAGUCUUUGCCAUCGAGAACUCCAUCAAGUUCCCCACGCUCUUGCUCUGAGCAAGCCAGAGCCUUUGUGGAUGAUGUGACUAUCGAAGAUCUUUCAGGAUACAUGGAAUACUACUUGUAUAUUCCAAAGAAAAUGUCUCACAUGGCAGAAAUGAUGUACACCUGAAAAUAAGGACUGCUAAAAACAGAAGGGUGGGUGGUUUGUACAUGUCCUUAGUCACAGUCAUGUGAGAUGGAACCUGAUCACUGCUCACUGUGCUUGCAAUAAAAUCCUUUCUUCGCAUCUUA